GAAUGGAAUUUUUACAGGCACUGGCGGACAGAUUGAAGGGAGACUACUCUGUGAAAAAAUGUCACUUCUGCCACCUGAAAGAUGAUGCCAUACAGCUUCAGUACUCUGUAGAAAAACUAUGUGGAUCUCAGAGGCAAGACAAGGAGAAUGCUUGCAGCUCUCAGAGUAGAACAGAGGUCAGAGGUCAAGUGGAGGUGAUCAAAGGGAGAUUACUCCAGAUGAUGGCUGUCAUACGGGCAUUACAGACAGAAAGCAACGAAGAACAAAGGAUUUUCCAAACUCUUGUGACACAUUCAGAACACCUGUCUCUUUGUAAACCAAUGAGGGAGAGAGAUCAAGACUUAGUCAACAGUAUUACAGAGUUGCGUGAACUUUACGAGGGGAACUGUCUGGCCAAAAAUGACCUGGAAAACAUAGUAAACAGAGCCCAUCACCAGUUGAACAAAUUGGAGAAGGUUUUGCAGAGUGGUCUCCCUUCAGCGAAGCGCUAUUCAGGAGGACCUGCCUCCAAACUUCAGAACCAUGAACCUGCCGAGCCUAAACCCCCAAGACCUGUGCUCCGUGAUCAAAAUGUGAUCAGUCCUACGAGAUUUCAGUGACCUUGUGCUGUUCAGCUUGGUUUAGAGUUUUAUGUAGAUCAUGCAUAUCUCUCUGUUCUAACUGUCCUAUAAACCUAUCUGGUUUAUGUUUUACUGCUGUCUUAUUUUGGGGAUUCCAACACCAUAUUGUGUCAGCACGCUGAGACUAGGUGUAUAGCUGUCCAAUCCGGUGUCAGCACACUGACUGAGACUGGGUGUCAUGCCUAGUGUCAGCACACUGAAACUGGGUGUCUGAUGUGAAGUCAGGACAAUGAGACUGGAUGCAUGGGUGUCAUAUCCGGUGUCUUUGGUAUGAUACUAAAUGAACUUCAGUGUAGCAACACUAUAAAGUAGUUAAGGUGUA